GAGCAGUCGUGCAUUCCCCGCCUCGCCUCGGGUGUAGGGAUUGCAAAAAAACAAAACUACACUGUCAAGACUGUGUAGUUUUGUUUUUAUGAUUAGAGGCUCUACAAUUCUCAUGCUGGGAUUGUCUAAAAAAAUCUUACUCUGGAUAAGGACGUCGUUCAAGAAGAUUUCGUUGGGCUUAGCCCACUCUUACAGGCACUUUGAGAGAUCAGAGUGCCUGUAAAGAUGACGACGAAAGCACCAACAUUUACGCAGCCGUUACAAAGUGUUGUGGCACUGGAGGGUAGUGCCGCAACCUUUGAGGCUCAUAUUAGUGGUUUCCCAGUUCCUGAGGUGAGCUGGUUUCGGGAUGGCCAGGUUCUUUCUGCUGCAACUCUGCCCGGUGUGCAGAUCUCGUUUAGUGAUGGCCGCGCUAAACUGGUGAUCCCCACCGUGACAGAAGCAAACAGUGGAAGAUACACCGUACAAGCCACCAAUGGAUCUGGGCAAGCAACUAGUACUGCUGAGCUACUUGUCACAGCUGGAACAGCACCACCAAACUUCUCACAACGACUACAGAGCAUGACUGUAAGGCAAGGAAGUCAAGUUCGGCUUGACGUGAGAGUGACUGGAAUCCCUACACCUGUGGUGAAGUUCUAUCGGGAAGGAGUAGAAAUCCAAAGCUCCCCCGAUUUUCAAAUUUUACAAGAAGGAGACCUUUACAGCUUAAUAAUUGCAGAAGCAUACCCUGAAGACUCCGGUACCUAUUCAGUAAAUGCCACAAAUAAUGUGGGACGUGCUACUUCAACAGCUGAAUUGCUAAUUCAAGGUGAGGAAGAAGCCGUUCCUGCUAAAAAGACAAAGACAAUUGUUUCGACUGCUCAGAUUUCACAAACAAGACAAGCCAGAAUUGAAAAGAAGAUUGAAACCCACUUUGAUGCCAGAUCACUUACAAGUGUUGAAAUGGUCAUAGAAGGUGCAACAGCACAACAGCUCCCACACAAAGCACCUCCACGAAUGCUUCCUAGACCUACAUCAAAAUCACCAACCCCACCAGUAAUCGCUGCAAAAGCUCAGAUGGCACGACAGCAAUCACCAUCACCUGUUAGACAAUCACCAUCACCUGUAAGACAUGUCAGAGCACCAACACCGUCACCAGUAAGGUCAGUUUCUCCUGCUGGAAGAAUCUCCACCUCACCUAUUAGACCAGUGAAAUCUCCAUCUCCAAUCCGUAAAACACAUGUAGUGACAACAGCUGGGGCCGAAGUCCUUCCUCCUUGGAAGCAGGAAGGUUAUACUGCAACCACAGAAGCCCAGAUGAAGGAAACAAGAGUGUCUACAAGCUCUACCCAAAUAAGAACUGAAGAAAAAUGGGAGGGGAGAUACGGGGUCCAAGAACAAGUUACUAUUAGUGGUACCACUGCUGGCGAGGUUGCUGCUGGUGCUAGAGAGGUAAAAAAGGACACUGAAAAAACAGCAGCUGUUGCUACGGUUGUUGCUGCUGUGGAUCAAGCCAUGGUGAGAGAACCAGCUCCAGGUGUAGUAGAGCAAACCGCAAAAAGGACAGCAAUGACUGCAGUCCACGUUCAACCUGUUCAGGAGCAGAUGAGAAAGGAGGCAACGGUAGUAGUUACCAGUGACAAAGCCACAAAACAAACAGUAGCAUCAAGAACUAGAGAAGGAAUUGUUACUUCACAAGAACAAAGGCACAUCGCCCAUGAAAAGGUGAGAAAAGAACCAGAGAAAACUCCAGUACCCACACUAAUAAUUGCCACAGACAAAGCCAAGGAACACGAAAGAAUAUCAAGAGCGAGAGAAGAAAUAUCUACCAGACACGAACAAGUGCACAUUGCUCAUGAAAAGAUAAGAAAGGAAGAUGUGAAACCUGCUGUACCUAAGGUAGUAAUUACCACUGAUAAACCUAAACCACCGGUCAUAAUAUCGAAAAGUAAAGAAGGAAUUGCUACCAAACAAGAACAAGUGAGCAUAACCCAUGAAAAGAUUAAAAAGGAAGCUAAGAAAACUACUGUAGUUCCGAAAAUAAUUGCCACUGAUAAAACCAAGGCACCAGUCACAGUGUCCAGAACUAGAGAAGAAAUUACAGCCAAGCAAGAACAAAUUCAUCUAGCUUAUGAUCAGACCGAAGCUGGAAAAAGGGCUGAAGCUGUAGCUACAGUUGUUGCAGCAGUUGAUCAGGCACGUGUUCGAUCACCCUGGGAACCAGAACAUGCAGAUGAAGCUUAUGCAAAGCAGAAAACUUUAGAAUAUGGAUAUAAAGAGCACACUGUAACAGACCGUGUUGCUGAGGCCCCAGCAGAACGUCAUGUUGUCACUAAAGAAGUUAAAACUGUCUAUGUUCCUCCUGAGAAGCAUAUCUCAGCUGCUGAAAAGAAGGAAAUUCAGAUAUCAACAGAGAUAAAAAGAGCAACAGAAACUAAGACUGAGAAAACAAUUCAUGUUGAACAUCCACGACCCCGCACAGCAAGUCCUCAUUUCACAGUCUCCAAAAUUGCUGUUCCUAAACCGGAUCACACGUAUGAGGUUUCAAUAGCUGGAUCUGCCAUGGCUACUCUGGAAAAAGAGUUAUCAGCUACUUCUGCUGCACAAAAGAUCACCAAGCCUGUGAAACCACCUCAACUAAAGCCACAUGAAGUCAGGAUAAAAGCAGAGCCAGUUGCCCCUCCACAGUUUCCCUUUGGAGAGGCUCCGGAGACCUAUAAAAGUCGCUAUGAUGUUGAGACUGAAAAGGAGAUGGGUGUAAGCAUUAAAGGUGAAGCAGCACGGGAAGAACACUUGGUGUUGCGGAAAGAAAGUGAAGCAAAAGUGACAGAAACUGCCAGAGUUCCUGUGCCUGCAGAAAUCCCUGCUACUCCACCCACCUUAGUCUCAGGCCUCAAAAAUAAGACUGUGACUGAAGGUGAGUCUGUCACUCUGGAGUGCCAUAUCUCUGGUCAUCCUCAGCCUGCUGUGACAUGGUACAGGGAAGACUACAAGAUUGAGAGCUCAAUGGACUUUCAGAUCACUUUCAAAGCAGGGCUUGCUCGCCUUGUGAUUCGUGAAGCCUUUGCAGAAGACAGUGGAAGAUUUACCUGCACUGCUACCAAUAAGGCUGGCAGUGUUAGCACAUCUUGCCACUUACAUGUGAAAGUUUCAGAAGAAAUUGAGACUCGAGAAACCAUUUCUGAGAAGGCUGUUACAGAAGAGAAACGCUAUGUGGAGACAAAGGACAUUGUAAUGGAAGAUGUCUCUGCUGCAGCAGAGGAAGUAUCGGGAGAACCCAUACCUCCUUUCUUCAUAAGAAAACCCAUGGUACAUAAAUUAAUCGAAGGUGGGAGCAUUAUUUUUGAAUGCCAAGUAGGGGGCAACCCAAAGCCACAUGUCUACUGGAAAAAAGGUGGAGUUCCUCUAACGACUGGCUACAGAUACAAAGUGAGUUACAAAAGAGAAACCGGGGAAUGCAAACUUGAAAUUUCCAUGACUUUUGCCGACGAUGCCGGAGAAUACACUAUUGUUGUUCGUAAUAAACAUGGAGAAGCUUCUGCAACGGUCUCCUUACUAGAAGAAGCUGAUUAUGAGGCCUACCUAAAAUCGCAACAAGAAAUGAUGUACCAAACUCAGGUGACUGCAUAUGUACAGGAACCCAAAGUGGCUGAGGUUGCCCCAGCUAUUUCAUAUGGUGACUUUGAAAAAGAAUAUGAAAAAGAACAAGCGCUAAUUAGGAAGAAAAUGGCGAAAGAUACAGUGAUGGUCAGAACUUUUGUAGAAGAUGAGGAAUUCCAUAUUUCUUCUUUCGAAGAAAGACUUAUAAAGGAAAUUGAACUCAGAAUUAUUAAGACCACCUUAGAUGAACUUCUUGAAGAAGAUGGAGAGGAGAUGAUGAUUGAUAUUUCUGAAUCUGAAGCUAUAGAAGCAGGAUUUGACAUAAGAUUAAAGAAUUACAGAACUUUUGAAGGAACAGGAGUUACUUUCCAUUGCAAGAUGACUGGAUAUCCAUUGCCAAAGAUUGCAUGGUACAAAGAUGGUAAGCGCAUAAGGCACGGAGAGCGCUACCACAUAGAAGUUCUGCAAGAUGGCAGUGCCAGUCUGCGUUUGCCUGUUGUUCUACCUGAAGAUGAAGGAAUUUAUACUGCCUUUGCCAGUAAUAUGAAAGGAAAUGCUAUUUGCUCAGCAAAACUCUACGUUGAGCCAGUUGCACCCACUGCAACUCCAGGUUAUAUGCCAGGACCAGAAGUUAUGAGAAGAUACAGGUCUAUUUCUCCACGCUCUCCAAGCCGAUCUCCUGCCCGCAGUUCUCCUUCUCGUUCUCCUGGCCGCAGAUUAGAAGAAACUGAUGAAGGACAACUAGAGAGACUAUAUAAGCCAGUUUUUGUGCUGAAACCUACAUCAUUCAAAUGUUCACAAGGGCAAACAGCAAGAUUUGACUUAAAAGUUGUUGGCAGACCUAUGCCAGAGACAUACUGGUUCCAUAAUGGUCAACAAGUGGUUAAUGACUACACCCAUAAAAUAGUGAUUAAAGAAGAUGGAACCCAGUCAUUGAUCAUUGUUCCUGCUAUGCCAGAUGACUCUGGAGAAUGGGCUGUAAUUGCUCAGAAUAGGGCAGGCAAAGCUUCAGUCUCAAUGACACUGAAUGUGGAAGCUAAGGAAGACCUAGUCAGACCACACUUUGUGGAAAGGCUGAGGAACGUUAGUGUAAAGGAAGGCUCUAGACUGGAGAUGGCAGUGAAAGCUACUGGUAACCCUAAUCCUGACAUUGUAUGGCUGAAGAACAGUGACAUCAUUGUACCUCAUAAAUACCCCAAAAUAAAGAUUGAGGGAACCAAAGGGGCAGCUGCCCUUAAAAUUGAAUCUACUGCCAGACAAGAUGCUGCCUGGUAUACUGCUACUGCUAUCAAUAAAGCAGGGCGGGACACUACUCGAUGCAAAGUAAAUGUUGAAGUCGAACAUGCAGAACCUGAACCAGAAAGACGAUUAAUCAUUCCAAAAGGAACUUACAAAGCCAAGGAGAUUGCAGCACCAGAAUUGGAGCCUCUCCAUUUGCGUUAUGGUCAAGAGCAAUGGGAGGAAGGAGAUCUCUAUGACAAAGAAAAGCAACAGAAACCAUUUUUUAAGAAGAAGCUCACAUCUUUAAGGCUCAAGCAAUUUGGACCAGCACACUUUGAGUGCAGACUUACACCAAUUGGUGACCCAACUAUGGUGGUGGAAUGGUUGCAUGAUGGCAAGCCCUUGGAAGCAGCUAACAGACUGCGCAUGAUCAAUGAAUUUGGAUACUGUAGCCUGGACUAUGGAGUAGCCUAUUCCAGAGACAGUGGAGUGAUCACUUGCAGGGCAACUAACAAAUAUGGUACAGAUCAUACAUCCGCUACUCUGAUCGUGAAGGAUGAGAAAAGCCUUGUGGAAGAAUCCCAGUUGCCAGAAGGCAGAAGAGGACUGCAGCGAAUUGAAGAGUUAGAAAGAAUGGCCCAUGAGGGUGCUCUUCCUGCAGUUGCAGUGGACCAAAAGGAAAAGCAAAAACCAGAAAUUGUUUUGGUUCCUGAACCUGCAAGAGUCCUGGAAGGUGAAACAGCACGAUUCCGCUGCCGUGUGACUGGCUAUCCUUUGCCCAAGGUCAACUGGUACCUCAAUGGACAACUCAUCCGUAAGAGCAAAAGGUUUAGACUCCGUUACGAUGGAAUCUACUAUCUGGAUAUUGUGGACUGCAAAUCAUAUGACACAGGAGAGGUGAGAGUCACUGCAGAGAAUCCAGAGGGCUUUAUUGAACAUAAGGUGAGACUUGAGAUCCAGCAGAGGGAAGAUUUCAGAUCUGUUCUUCGUCGUGCUCCUGAGCCCAAACAUGAGCCUGUAGUGACAGAGCCUGGAAAACUUCUCUUUGAGGUACAGAAGGUAGACAAACCUGCAGAGGCAACAACGAAAGAAGUGGUUAAAUUGAAAAGGGCAGAAAGAAUCACUCAUGAGAAGCUUUCAGAGGAAUCUGAAGAGCUGCGUAGUAAAUUUAAGCGUAGGACAGAAGAGGGCUAUUAUGAAGCCAUCACUGCUGUGGAACUUAAGUCUCGCAAAAAAGAUGAAUCAUAUGAAGAACUGUUAAAAAAGACGAAAGAAGAACUUCUUCACUGGACCAAAGAGAUCCCAGAGGAAGAGAAGAAAGCACUUCCUCCUGAAGGCAAAAUCACCAUUCCAACAUUCAAACCAGAGAAGGUUGAGCUUAGUCCAAGCAUGGAGGCUCCCAAGAUAUUUGAACGAAUUCAAAGCCAGACUGUAGCCCAGGGGACAGAUGCACACUUCCGUGUAAGAGUGGUGGGAAAACCAGACCCUGAGUGCCUGUGGUUCAAAAAUGGUGUCCAGAUCGAAAGGACUGAUCGUGUCUAUUGGUACUGGCCUGAAGAUAAUGUUUGUGAAUUAGUCAUCAGAGAUGUGACUUCUGAUGAUUCUGCCAGCAUCAUGGUGAAAGCAGUCAAUAUAGCUGGUGAAACUUCUAGCCAUGCUUUCCUGUUAGUACAAGCCAAGCAGUUAAUCAGCUUCACCCAGAAGUUACAAGAUAUUGUUGCUAAAGAGAGAGACUCCAUGACUACAUUUGAAUGUGAGACAUCAGAACCCUUUGUCAAAGUGAAAUGGUUUAAGGAUGGAAUUGAGAUUCAUUCUGGAGACAAAUACAGGAUGCACUCAGACAGAAAGGCUCAUUUUCUUUCUGUACUAGCAAUUGAAAUGUCUGAUGCUGAUGACUACAGCUGUGCACUGGUAGAAGAUGAAUCCAUAAAAACUACUGCAAAGCUUACUGUUGAAGGCGCUGUGGUUGAGUUUAUUAAAGAACUUGAAGAUGUUGAAGUACCAGAAUCCUUCUCAGGUGAACUUGAAUGCGAGGUUUCUCCAGAAGAUGUGGAGGGGAAAUGGUAUCACGGCGAUGUUGAACUCACUUCUAAUCAUAAAUAUGUGAUUGCAUCCCGCCGUGGUCGCCAAAUCCUCACUAUUAAAGAUGUUAAUAAAGAUGAUCAAGGAGAGUAUAGCUUUGUUGUUGAUGGAAAAAGGACUCACUGCAAACUAAAGAUGAAGCCUCGUCCCAUGGCUAUUCUUCAAGGACUUACUGAUCAAAAAGUCUGUGAGGGAGAUAUUGUACAACUUGAAGUUAAAGUCUCCCUAGAAAAUGUGGAAGGUGUCUGGAUGAAAGACGGUCAUGAAAUUCAAUCAAGCGAUCGUAUUCAUAUUGUGUUGGACAAACAGUCACACAUGUUGCUGAUAGAAGAUGCAACAAAGGAAGAUAGUGGAUCUUACUCUUUUAGUGUUCCUGGUCUUGGACUGUCAACCACUGGACAGAUCACAGUGUACAGUGUGGAAAUAGUGGUGCCUCUGAAAGAUAUUCACACAGUUGAAGGAACAAAAGCUAUCCUUGAAUGCAAAGUUUCAGCACCUGAUGUGUCUUCCUCCAAAUGGUACCUAAAUGAUCAUCAGAUAAAGCCUGAUGAACGCGUACAAGCUGUAUGUAAAGGCACUAAACAGAGGCUAGUGCUUACCAGAACCCAUGCAUCAGAUGAAGGACGUUAUAAGCUAAUGGUUGGCAAAGUUGAAACAAGUUGCAAUGUCACGGUUGAAAAAAUUGAGAUUAUUAGAGGUCUUCAUGACAUUACCUGCACUGAAACACAGAAUGUGUCCUUUGAGGUUGAGCUCUCCCAUUCAGGGAUUGAUGUUAUUUGGCAUUUCAAAGGCCGAGAGAUCAAGGCUGGUCCUAAAUAUAAAAUUGAAUCACAUGGCAAAAUAUAUAAACUGACAGUGGUGAAGAUGAUGAAAGAUGAUGAAGGCGAAUAUGUAUUUUAUGCUGGAGAGAAGAAAACAUCUGGAAAGCUUAUAGUAGCAGGUGGUGCCAUUUCAAAGCCUCUCACUGAUCUGACUGUGGCUGAGUCCCAGACAGCUGUUUUUGAAUGUGAGGUGGCAAAUCCUGAAUCAGAUGGCCAGUGGCUAAAAAAUGGUAGACCAUUGCCCAUGACAGAUCAGUACCGUGCUGAAUCUGAUGGUGUAAAGAGAAGGCUCAAUAUCCCUGCCACAAAACUGGAUGAUAUGGGUGAAUAUAGCUAUGAAAUAGCAAGCUCAAAGACAUCCGCCAAACUGAAGGUCGAAGCUGUUAAAAUAAAGAAGACUCUGAAGAACUUGACUGUGACAGAAACACAGGAGGCAGUUUUCAACGUAGAGCUGACCCAUCCUGAUGUGAAAGGAGCUCUGUGGAUUAAAAAUGGUGUUGAACUUGAAUCGAAUGACAAAUAUGAAAUUUCAGUGAAAGGAACUGUUCACACACUGAAAAUCAAACAUUGUGUUGUCACUGAUGAGUCUGUUUAUAGCUUUAAGCUUGGAAAGAUAGGAGCAAAUGCCAGACUUCAUGUGGAAACUGUCAAGAUCAUCAAAAAGCCAAAGGAUGUGACUGCUUUGGAAAAUGCUGUUGUCUCCUUUGAACUGAGUGUGUCCCAUGAUACUGUACCAGUCCGAUGGUUCCACAAAAACGUUGAGCUUAAACAGAGUGAUAAAUACAAGAUGAUCUCUCAAAGGAAGGUUCACAAGCUUAUGCUGCAUAACAUAUCUCCUGCAGAUGCUGGGGAAUACACAGCACUUGUUGGGCAAAUUGAGUGUAAAGCAAAACUCUUUGUGGAAACCAUACACAUCACAAAGACCAUGAAAAAUAUUGAGAUCCCUGAGACCAAAACUGCUUCUUUUCAAUGUGAAGUUUCUCAUUUCAAUGUGCCUGCUGUCUGGUUGAAAAAUGGUGUGGAGAUUGAAAUGAGUGAAAAGUUCAAAAUAGUGGUCCAGGGGAAACUCCAUCAGCUCAAUAUCAUGAACACAAGCAGUGAAGAUUCUGCAGAAUACACCUUUGUCUGUGGAAAUGACAGAGUCAGUGCAACUCUGACCGUAAAACCCAUUCUAAUUACCUCCAUGCUAAAAGACAUUAACGCUGAAGAGAAAGAUACAAUAACAUUUGAAGUUACUGUUAACUAUGAAGGUAUUUCAUAUAAAUGGCUAAAGAAUGGAGUAGAAAUAAAAUCAACUGAUAAAUGCCAGAUACGAACAAAGAAGCUCACACACUCCCUCUCCAUAAGGAAUGUGCAUUUUGGUGAUGCUGCAGAAUACACUUUUGUUGCUGGAAAAGCAGCUUCAUCAGCCACUUUAUAUGUGGAAGCUCGUCACAUUGAAUUUAGGAAACAUAUCAAAGACAUCAAGGUUGUGGAGAAGAAGAGGGCUAUUUUUGAAUGUGAAAUUUCAGAACCAGACGUUCAGGUCCAGUGGAUGAAGGAUGGACAAGAACUUCAGAUUGGUGACAGGAUGAAAAUUCAGAGAGAGAAAUACGUCCAUCGUCUCAUCAUUCCUUCCACUAAAAUGUCUGAUGCUGGUCAGUACACUGUGGUAGCAGGUGGAAACACAUCCAGUGCCAAUUUGAUAGUGGAAGGUCGUGACAUUCGUAUCAGAAGCAUUCGUAAAGAUAUUCAGGUCAUUCAGAGACAAAGAGCUGAAAUUGAAUUUGAAGUCAAUGAAGAUGACAUUGAACCACAGUGGUACAAGGAUGGUAUUGAGAUCAACUUCCAGUAUGAGGAAAGAUACAGUUAUGUGGUGGAAAGGAGAGUUCAUCGAAUGACCAUCUUUGAAACCACUUACUCUGAUGCUGGAGAAUAUACUUUUGUUGCAGGACGGAACAGGAGUUCUGUUGUUCUCUAUGUGAAUGCUCCAGAGCCACCCCAGAUUAUUCAGGAGCUAGAGCCAACCACUGUGGAGUCUGGCAAACCUGCCCGCUUCUGUGCUAUGGUAUCAGGCAAACCCCAGCCCAAAGUUUCCUGGUACAAAGAUGAUCAACAGCUUUCUCCAGGUUUCAAGUGCAAAUUUCUUCAUGAUGCACAAGAAUAUACUCUAUUGCUGAUUGAAACUUUCCCUGAAGAUGCAGCAGUGUACACCUGUGAAGCAAAAAAUGACUAUGGAGUCGCUACAACUUCAGCUUCACUUUCAGUGGAAAUCCCAGAAGUUGUUUCUCCUGAGCUAGAAGUGCCAGUCUAUCCACCUGCUGUUAUAAUACCACUACGUGAUGCUGUUACAUCCGAGGGACAGUCUGCUCGUUUUCAGUGUAGAGUUACAGGGACAGAUCUGAAAGUCUCUUGGUACAGCAAAGAGAGAGAGAUCAAGCCAUCACGUUUUUUUAGAAUGACUCAGUUUGAAGACACUUACCAGCUGGAGAUUGCUGAAGCUUAUCCAGAGGAUGAAGGAAUCUAUACUUUUGUGGCUAGUAAUUCUGUAGGCCAAGUGACAAGCACUGCUACCUUGAAGUUAGAAGCUCCUGAAAAAAUUAUUCAUGAGAAGCUAGAGGAAGAGAUUGAAAUGGAAGUGAAAGAGGAGCACAGCAAGGCGAGCAUCGAGGGACCUGGGACAGCAGUGGUGCUGGCUUGCACCCAGAACCGUAAACCUACCUUCACACAGGGCCUCAAGUGUAGGUCUGUCUUGGAGGGGGACCCUGCACUCUUCCAGUGCAAGCUGGUGGCAUGCCCGGCACCACACAUGGCCUGGUUUCACAACAACCGGCCAGUCCACCAGGACUGCCGCAAGGUGAUCCGCACUGAGAGCGAGGAGCACACGCACCAUGCCAGCCUGGAGGUGCGGGAUGUGCGGGAGCAUGAUGCUGGCAGCUAUAGGGUAUUUGCCAUUAACAGUGAGGGCUCAGCUGAGUCCACUGCCUCGCUGCUGGUGGCACGCAGCAGAGAGCCGCAGGGCUUGGGUUUUGUGGGGAAAGCGGAGUGGAUGCGGGAGAACUGGGAGUGCCUUCUGCAGCAGCGGCAGGAGGACCGGCUGCGAGUGGUGCUCCGCUGCACUGGCUCGCCCUUUGACAAGAGGCAGGAAUCUGAGCAGUUGCUUGGAGCCCUCUCUCCAGCCCGGGGCAUGGUACGAACGGGCCUGCCACUGGCAGGGCCUCACCGUCCAGGGUUGGCAUGCGAUAGGGAGGGCAGCAGCACAGUGGUGGAUGCUGAGGAGCUGCUGGAUGAGGAGAUCCGUUGGAAACUGCAGCGGCUGCGGGAGGCAAAGAGGGCAGCGCUGAGAAAGAAGCAGGAAUCCCUCAUGUCCGUGCCCCAGGGGGCCCCUCCCGGGAAGCCCGGCCCGCUGCAGGCGGCUGCCACCAUGGACAGCUCAGAGCCCCUGGCAGUGCAGGAGGCGAGGGACUAUCGCAAGCCCAAGGAAGCGGGGAAGAGAUGGCAGAUACCAGGUGGGCUCCUGGAGCCCUGCCCACCCCUCUUUGUCCAGGAGAUCAAGCCCCAGGAGGCUGUCGAGGGGCACAGAUGCACCUUUUCCUGCCUCUUCCAUGGCCACCCCCAGCCCACAGUCACUUGGUACAACAACACCAAGCCUGUGGGACGCAUCCGGGGCACCGCCGUUCACACCACAGAGUGCCGCUCUACACUGACCUUCUCAUCCCUGCUCCCACAGCACGGUGGCACUGUCACCUGUGUGAUCUUCAAUCCACUGGGCACAGUCAGCACCUCAGCUGCACUCCAUAGACUGCCAAGUGCAGUUCCAGACUCAGACUUGCUGUCGUUGCCUGUGGAAAUCAAAAUCACUGCCCCUACUCCAACACCAGAGCAAGACACAGAGAUGAGGGAGAUCACGCGGCCCUCUCCAGACCAGGCUGCUCCCACCAUAAAGCACAAGUUCAAGUUUUCAUUUGAUGUGGGAAAUGAGCCGCCUCAAAUUGUGACGGAAGCCCCAGCACACAUUCAUUGCCAUGAAGGGCAGGCUGUGGUGUUGGAGUGUGCUGUGUCUGGGCAGCCCCCACCAGCUGUGGCCUGGUACCUAAAUGGCCAGAGCCUUUCUUCCAGCGAGAGGCUGGAGUUUGAGGAAGACAAGAAUGGCAUAUGCCGCUUACACAUCCAAGGAGUUUCUGUCAUGGAUGCUGGGCUGUAUUGUUGUGUGGCCAAGAAUGUGGCCGGCACAGCGCAGACUGCUUCUAAGCUGACAGUGCAGCCCAGUGCACCCAGGUUGUAUAGCAAGGAUGGAGGUACUGAGGAACUUCCUGCCAUGGACCAUGUUCUACACCUCCAAAGCCUCAGCACAUUUGGGAAGGAUGAAGAAAAACAGAUCACAUGCUCCAAGGAGGAGGAAGCCCACCUAAACUGGUCCCUGAGGCUGCCUCCGUCUUCUGGUGAGCAGUUGGAAGAGGAGCGUGAGAAAACUCCUCACUCCAGAGAAAGUGAGAUGGAGGAAACGAUGGUGCCGGAUAUCAUGGAAGUUUAUGCAAGGCAAGAAAUGGGUUAUACAGAAGAAAGUGUGAGGGAUACAGAUGGUAUUUCUGAGAUGGGGCAGCACAGAGGAAAAGCUUUCUCCAAGGAACACACCUUUGGAAUUGAUGCCACUGAGCCGCAUCCCAGCAUGUCCAGGGAAGAGCAUGAACUGGUGGCCACUGACUCAGGUCACUUCUCAGAGGAGUUGGAGGCUGAAGGAGACAAGGUGGUAGCACGUACAGGUAAUUUGUCCUGGGACAUCUUGAAGUCACCGUUUAUGGAAAUGAAAGGUCAAACACAUGCCUCUGAGCAGUCUGCUCUGGCAAGGGAGUGUGAGGAUUCACAAUUUUUCAUUCCUAUAUCACCUGUGGUGCAUGAGGGGAAUGAUGUUUACAUGGAGGAGAGUAAUGCCCUUGCCUGGGAGGCAAUGUCUCCUGAUGAGCCUCUUGUAGAAGAGCGAAGUGUGCCCCACCUGCAGGACAACAUUGCAAGCACAACCACAAAAGAGCAGUUUGGCUUUUAUGGCUUCUGUAUGGAAGAGCAGCAGGAGGAACAGGCCAAGGAGCAAGAGAGAUCAGAUGAUAUUGAACAGGACAUCGAGGUUGAUGAUCAUCUUUGUAAAGAAGAAUUUACUGAUGCUGGGGAUGCCACACGCUGGGAAAUGCACAAUGAUGGACAAAUGCUGCAAGAAGUGGAGUCUGAUGCAGGCAACUCUUCUUUGGAUCUAAUCCUCACUCCUCCUGGCAUAGAAAACCCAGGUCAGGAUUUUACUGAGGUUCGUCUAGAAGAAGUGCAUUUCAAAGAGCAGCUGUUGCCAUCUGAGACUGAUGAGACAAACAUCACAUUUGAUUUGGAGAAGUUUGUGGAGUCUCUCCCAGCUGCAGAGACUGUGGUCACAGAACAAGCACAAACUCUGGAGAGUGUGGAGGUAGGAGUGACUGGGCUUAUCUCCCCUGUGCAACAGCAUGAUGUGCUUGUGGAAGAAAUGUCGCUAAGUGAGGAGCUGCGUCAGAGCUACAGGAUGCAGCAGGAGGAGGUUGAUGCCCAGGAAGAGGCACAGCCAAAAGAAAUCAGAAGGGUUGAUUUGCAAAUCCCUGAUGGGGACCUUGGCAGCAUCAUGAUAUCUGCUGAAGAGGGAUCUUCUGCUGAAGAAAUUCAUGAGUCAGAGGUGAGUGUCUGUGGGGAGGAUUCACUUGAGGGACAAAUUCACAGUUUUCUGGUGGAAUCCACAGCAGAUUUCCAAAGAGGAGUGCAGGAAACACAUAUGUGGGAGACUGGGGAACGACUGGAGACCACAGACUCCCAGAGUGAUAGCUUCAUCAUCGACCUGAAAAAAGCUGCACGUGAAAAGAAACCCCAGGCUGGGCAUCAGGCUGAGGAGGAAGAACAUUCUGGAAUAGAAAAGGUCUUUGAGACAGGAAUGAGCAGCUCCACCUGUGAGAUAGAAAGAACAGAUUCCUCUGAGGAGAUGCUCAGGGACACCCAACAGGAACCAAACUCAACCAAGGGCUUCUCUUUUGGUCAAUUCCUACUUGGUUUAAUAACAGAUGAUCCUGUGGUACAGAAAGAGCAAAGGAAGGAGUCUUGGGGUAAGAAGAGGACUCCCACUGAGGAAGCUUCUGAGACUAGCCUGGAUGGAGAAGGACUGCAGGAGGAUAUUUCUGCAGGUCCAGAGCCCAGUGCUGGUCAAACCUCAGAGCUGGAGCCUGACUUGUCCCUGGCCAAAUAUUUAAGGUCAACUGGGAUGCAGGAAACUCCAGAUCUCAAAGGGACAGUUCAGAAGGAGCAGCAAGAGACUGUCACUUCACUGGAAGUGGAGGAGGUCACCUUCAGCAUGGUUUAUGACUAUUACAACAACCAACAGGAACUCACCCGGCCUUUCUCUCCUGAGUCGGAAAUGUCUAUAGAGCUGGAGAGCAGAAGUGGAGAGGAGUCACCUGAUUCAGACCGCUUCUACACACCUCCCUCCUCAGUGGAGGUCUUUGAAACCGCUUCAUCGACAUCCUACCACACACCGCUCAGCACGCCUGAGUGCUACUCCACACCGUCUGAGGGCUCAGGGUACAGUACACCACCCGAGCACUACUCCACACCAUCCGAGGGCUCAGGGUACAGCACGCCACCCGAGCGCUACUCCACACCAUCCGAGGGCUCAGGGUACAGCACACCACCCGAGCGCUACUCCACACCAUCUGAAGGCUCAGUGUACAGCACACCACCUGAGCACUACUCCACACCUUCCGAGGGUUCAAAAUGCAACACACCCUCAGAGCGCUACUUCACACCCUUCGAGGGACCUUGCUCUGCAUCAGGGGAUAGCACACCACCAGAGCGCUACCGGACACCCACUGGGGAGUAUAUGGACGCCCUGGCCAUGCUCCCCCUCUGUGACAGAAGGCAGCAGCCUCCAGACCAGCCACAGGCUGAGGUGUUUAGAACACCCUGUGAAGCCCUGAAGCCAUCAGGCAGGGAGGUGCCACCUGCAUUCCUCAAGGCAUUGAGCAGAAGGAGGCUGUAUGAGGGCAGCACGCUGAGCUUUGUGGCUGAGGUGAUGGGUGUGCCCAAGCCAGGAGUGAAGUGGUAUCAUAAUAAAUCUCUGUUGGAGGUGGAUGAGAGAGUGCAGAUAGAGGAGGAUGGGAACAAAUGCAUGUUGGAGAUCACUAACGUCCAGAAAGCUGAUGGAGGACAGUAUCUGUGCCAUGCAGUGAACAUUGUUGGGGAAGCCAAAAGUAUCACGCAGGUGGAAGUUUUGUCUGAAGAUGGGCGGUCGCUAGCACUGCCACCCCCUGUCACCCACCAGCAUGUUAUACACUUUGACCUGGAGGAAAACACAUCUUCAAGAUCACCUUCACCACAGGAGAUCCUCCUGGAAGUGGAGCUGGAUGAAAAUGAAGUGAAGGAGUUUGAGAAGCAGGUCAAAAUCAUAACCAGUCCUGAGUUUAGCCCAGAUAAAAAGAGCAUGGUUGUCUCCCUGGAUGUCCUUCCCCUUGCCUUGUUGGAGCAAGCUGCAGGCUUGGCUGCAGAGGAGAAUGAGGAUGUAAAAAUUGAUUUCCAAGUAACUGAAAUGCCUCCCCGCUUUGCUGUGCCCUUUGCAGAUGUUGAGGUGACAGAAGGCUUGGAGGCAGUGUUUGAGUGUGUGGUAACAGGUACUCCUGUCCCAGUAGUCCAGUGGUUCAGAGACGACACCUGUGUGACACCUGCCACAGGGAAGUAUGUUGUGAGUCAGAAGGAGGGACUUCACAGUCUGAAGGUCCAAAAUGUAGGUCCUUCUGAUGGUGGCUGUUAUCGUUGUCGGGCAAUCAAUAGACUGGGAGAAGCAACGUGCAAAGGCUCCCUCGUAGUCAUGGCUCAGCAGGGAGCAAGCGCUAAGGCAAGGAGUGAGACAGUCAUGGAGGAACGGGUUGAGUUUAGGGCAGAGGACUCGGAGAGCUGCAGCUUUGAGUUCCAGAUUACGGAAGUGCCUCCCAGAUUUCUGAGACUCAUUUCUGACUACAGUACAUUUAUAGGUGCCUCUACAUGCUUCCAGUGUCUGGUGACCGGAUCCCCCCAGCCAAGUGUCCGGUGGUACAAGGACGGGGUGUUGUUGGAAGGGGACAGGUACUGUGCUCAGGAAGAGCAGGAGGGUUCUCAUAGCCUUACUAUUGAAAACUUGAUGCGAAGUGACAGUGGGCAGUACAAAUGUGUAGCUACUAACAGGGCAGGAACUGCUGAGAGUUGUGCAGUGUUAACAUUAUACUAA